AUGACUGCCCACCGCCGCCCCGUGUAUUUCAAUCCAGGCGCCCGUUCGUGGGUAGCAGAGCCUUUCCAGUCAGCAGAACUGGCUGAAAACUUCCACCGGAAACUCAGGGGCUACCAGAAAUCUCCGCUUGUGUCCUUGGACGGCGUAGCAGAGGAGGUUGGCGUAGGGUCGGUAAACAUCAAAGAUGAGACGAACCGAAUUGGGCUCCCAUCAUUCAAGGUCCUGGGCGCAUCAUGGGGAGCUUUCCGAGCCGUGACGCUUCAAUUGGGGCUCCCGCUCGACUCGACUAUUGAAGAAGUGAAAACGCGCUUGUCUGAGCAACCUAUUCCGCUAUAUGCUGCAACACAGGGAAAUCAUGGGCGUGCAGUGGCUCGCAUGGGCGCCAUACUCGCAGUGCCCGUUGAGAUCCACGUGCCGGCUGAUAUGAGAGCGGAAACCAUAGCAUUUAUUAAAGGCGAAGGUGCGGCUGUCAUCGUGUCAAAGGGACAAUAUGACGAUGCCAUGAUGGAGGCGCAAGCUGCUUCUCAACAGAACAAAGGUAUCCUCGUCCAAGAUGUUGCCUUCGACGGGAACGAAGACAUCCCGAAGUGGAUUGUCGAGGGUUACUCGACCAUGAUGCGCGAGAUUGAUGACCAGCUCAACGGGCAACAGGUUGACCUCGUUAUCUGUCCAGUUGGCGCUGGUUCGCUUGCUCAAGCUGCUAUCACUCACUGCAAGGCAGCAGGCAGAUCUACAGCAUUUAUGACGGUCGAGUCGGACACGGCAGGCUGCCUGUGGAAGAGCUUGACCCAAGGAGAAUCAGUUGUUGAAACAACAUCCGCAACUAUCAUGGCCGGGCUCAACUGUGGGACGCUCUCAAAGGCCGCUUGGCCACCUCUCAAGUCCGGCACUGAUGCGAGCUUGACCAUUUCUGACUAUGAGGCCCAUCGGGCAAGUCUUGACCUGCAAAAGCGUGGCAUUGCAGCGGGACCUUGCGGUGCUGCUGCCCUGGCCGCUCUUCGCCGGCUGGAUGAAUCAGACAAGGCUCGAUUAGGGCUUAAUCAGAAAUCUGUCAUUGUUCUGCUCUGCACAGAAGGCACUACAACUUACAAUAUUCCCAAGGAUGUAUCAUCUGAUGAUGUUAUCUCCCUAACUCAAACUUUGGUGCAGAUCAACUCCUCAAACCCUGAUCUUGGCUCAAUCGGAGGCCCAGGCGAGACUGCCCUUGCACAGUAUGUUACCGCAUGGCUUCGGCACCGCGAGAUCGAGAGUCAUUGGAUUGAGCCAAUUGCUGGGCGGCCCUCUGUGGUUGGUGUUGUACGAGGUUCAGGCGGUGGCAAAAGCAUCAUGUUUAAUGGACACCUCGAUACUGUUACUCUCCUAGGUUAUGAUGGCGACGCCUUAAGUGGCGAUGUCGUUAAUGGGAAUAUCUAUGGCCGGGGAUCUGCUGAUAUGAAGAGUGGCCUUGCGGCUGCCAUGGUAGCACUUGUCAAUGCCAAGGGCCUAGGUCUCAAAGGUGAUGUUAUUCUUGCAGCAGUGGCCGAUGAGGAAGGGGAGAGUAUUGGGACAGAACACGUUAUAGAGGCAGGCUGGCGAGCUGACGCAGCUAUUGUUGCUGAGCCUACUGAUAUGGCCGUCAUCAACACGCAUAAAGGAUUCGCGAUAUUUGAGGUUGAUAUCUAUGGCGUAGCUUCUCACGGAUCACGAGCGGACCUUGGUGUUGAUGCCAUCUGCAAAGCCGGAUACUUCCUCGUUGAAUUGGACCGCCAUGCUCAGGAACUACAGGAUCGUUUCGAUCAGAACAACAAACCAGAAACCGGCGCUCCGAAUAUCCACUGCGGCGUCAUCAAAGGUGGCGAAGAAGUAUCUUCUUACCCUGCCAAAUGUACUAUAUCCAUUGAUCGCCGCACCAUCGCAGGUGAAACCCCUAUAACCGUUAGAGAUGAACUUCUGAGCAUCCUUGAGAAGCUUGCGGUCACUGUCCCUAAUUUUAAGUUCGAACUUCGCAACACCUUUUCCCGAUCUCCUUAUUUUAUCGCUCGCGACCAUCCCUUCCUCAAUCUAGUGGUUGAGCAAGCGACUAAGUCUAUAGGCACGGCACCAUCGAUUCGAGGUGAGCCGUACUGGACAGAUAUGGCUUUAUUAUCGGAUGUGGGAAUUCCGGGAGUUAUUUGGGGUCCUAAGGGGUAUGGACUGCAUGCGAAGACGGAGUGGGUUGAGAUCGAAUCGGUCCGUCAGCUGGCAGAAGCGUUCGUGGCGAUUGAAGCAGACUUUUGCAAAUAA